AGAAGAAGAAGAGGUGUCAGGUGCAGUUCGCCGGAUUCCACCACUAGAGUUCUCCCUCUGGUUCACCGCUCGGCUCGGCUCUCCUCGGCUCUGCUCGGCUCUCCUCGGUUCUCCCCGACUCCGUUCGGCUCGGCUCGGCUCGGCUCUCCUCGGUUCUUGUGAGCGCUGUCUGACUGUGUUUACCUCCCAGCUCAGCGCUGCUGUACUGCGGCCAGCUGGACACGCACCGCCGCCAUCCGACAGCUCCAACUCAGCCUGGAAAACCCUGAUGUAAGCUGCCUGGUCUUCAGUCCUUCGCGGAUCUCCUGCAUCGCUGUGUGUUAGUGACACCGUAGCAAAGUCGUGAUGAAUAAAGAAAUCAUGUCACGCGUGGUGAAGAAAAGGCAGGCGGAUCCUAAGGUGGUCCAGUAUGUGUGGGCGGCCAUUGAGGUCAUUCGCAACCAGAAACAAAUCGCAAACAUGGACAGGAUCUCCAAGUACCUGAGCCGUGUGUUUGGCAUGCACCCUAAAGAGACUGCCAGACAGCUGAGCUUGGCCGUAAAGGACGGCCUGGUAGUGGAGACCCUGACUGUAGGCUGCAAAGGCUCCAAGGCCGGAAUCGAGCAGGAGGGAUACUGGCUGCCUGGGGAGGAGAUGGAUCCGAAAGCCGAGGGAAGCAAGGAGUGGGAGGCAGAGAGCCACGACUGGUACUGCUUCGAGUGUCACCUACCGGGCGACGUCCUCACAUGCGACAACUGCUUCCGGGUUUACCACCUCAAGUGUCUGACGGAGGAGUUCAAGCCCAGAGACGGAGGAUCCCACUGGCAGUGUGUUGUCUGCAGGGGAAGUAAAAAGAAGAACCUGAACAAACAGGAGAUGAGUAAAUAUCUGCGCUUCAUUGUGCAGCGCAUGAAGGAGAGGGCAGUGGACCUGAACAAGAAAGGCAAAGACACUAAGCACCCCAUGUACAAACGGCUGAUCCACACCGCACUGGACGUCACAAACAUCCAGGAGAACCUCGCUGAAGGAAAAUAUAAAAGCUUCGAGGAGUUUAAAGCAGACGCACAGCUCAUCGUUCACAACACGGCCAUCUUGUAUGGAGUUCACAGCGAUCAGGCAGAGAUUGCACGGUUGCUCUUCAGCGACACAUGCCAUGAGCUGAACGAGUUGUUGUUGUGUAAGAACUGUUUCUACCUGUCGAACGCCCGGCCGGACAACUGGUUCUGUUACCCGUGUAGCCCCAAUCACGACUUGGUGUGGGCCAAAAUGAAAGGAUUCGGUUACUGGCCGGCCAAAGUCCUUCAGAGGGAUGACAGCCAGGUGGACGUUCGCUUCUUUGGCCACCAGCACCAGAGAGCGUGGAUCCCCGCAGACAACAUCCAGGACAUCAAGGUGAGCGUCCAGCAGCUGCAGGUGAAGCGCAGCAACGGCUGGAAGAAGGCAUGUGAGGAGCUGGAGGUCUACCAGCGCUUCUUAAAGGAGGGACGCUUCUGGAAAACAAAGAUGGAGGAGAGCACCAUGCCGCACCACCAGCAGAGUCAGAGUCAGAGUCAAAGUCAGAGCCAGAGUCAGAGUCAGAGCCAGAGCCAGAGUCAGAGUCAAAGCCAGAGCCAGAGCCAGCGGCCGCAGCAGCCACCGCAGCAGCCGCAGCAGCAGCCGCAGCAGCAGCAGGAAGGCAACGGGAGGACGGAGAGGCUGGAGCGGACGGAUGAAGCAGAGUCCAGCAUCUCUUCCACUAGCAACGAGCAGGUCCGACAUCUCAAAGGCAGCCAGGAGCCCAAGGCAAAGAAAAGCCGUCGAUCUCAAAUGGUAGAGCCCAAAGAAGAAGCGAGUGACCCGGAGCCGGAGAUGGAAGCCGUCAGCUCCAGCCAAGAGAUCCCGGUGUCCUCUGCACCACAGCAGCCAGAGAAGCUGUCGGUGUCCACACAGACCAAGAAAGCGAACGGAGGGUCGCCUCGCACGUUGCAUCGCGGCACCCAAACCAGCAGCGAUGGCGCCUGCCAGAACAUGUGCCACGAGAAGUACACAAAGGUCUUCAACGACGUGAAGGAGAUGAUGAAGGCCGACAACAAGCGGGAGACGGAGAGAGUCGUCAGAGAGGCUCUAGAGAAGCUCCGAGCAGAGAUGGAGGAGGAGAAGCGUCAGGCUGUGAGUAAGGCGGUUUCCGGAGCUCAGGCGGAGAUGGAGAGGAAGUGUAAGCAGGUGAAGGAGAAGUGUAAAGAAGAGCUGGUGGAGGAAGUGAAGAAGCUGGUGGCCCAACAUAAACAGCUCAUCUCCCAGACGAAGAAGAAGCAGUGGUGUUAUAACUGUGAGGAGGAGGCCAUGUACCACUGCUGCUGGAACACCUCGUACUGCUCCAUCAAGUGUCAGCAGGAGCACUGGCACGCCGACCACAAACGAACCUGCCGCAGGAAGAGAUGAACAAGCCCCGCCCCUUCUCACCUUACUCAUCACGCCAUUGGCUCUUGCCCACCCCUCCUCCUCCUCCUCCUCCUCCUCCUUUUGUCAGUCAGUGUCUACAACUUACACACACACACACACACACCCCUACACACACUAUUCCCUCCUGCUUCUCGACUUGCCUUCCUGAAAACUUUGUGGACCCGAUGUUUUCUGCGUGAUAAGAGCGAUUUGUUCUUUAUUUUUAUUUCUAUUAUUUAAUGUAACCAUGUUUUGAUUUUUCUUUCUGAUAUUUUUUAUUUUUUUUCUCUGAAUUGUGAACAGAUUGCUCGAGAGAACGGCUCGAAUGGUAUGAUUUUUUUUAUCCUUUACUGAAGUGCUAAUUCUGAGCUGGUGUCGGAGGAUGUGUUAUUUAAAUGUUUAGUAACAGAUGAGCAUUAAUACUGAUGAGCGUUUUAUUACCUGAAUUUUUAGAGAAAAAAUCACUUUUCUUACUGUAAAUGCAACAAAACUCACCGUCGAUCUUACCGAGGGAAUGAAAACACGUUUAACCGGCUCCGCUUUCAUUGAGAAUUUAAAUAUGACAAAAGUAGUUGUGAGUGAAUGCGGCUCACAGACGUUAAUAUAUUGUUUUUUUUUAAUCUUGAAACCAUUGUGGGGGAUGGCACCUUUUAUCUUUUCUACCUAAAAUCUUAUUGUCCUCACGUCACUUAUUGGGAACAGGGUCACGAGGUCAGCCUUAAAAUGCUGACUAAAUUAAUCUUCCAUGUAAUAUUACUAUAAUUAUUAGAAUUGAUGUUAUUAUGCACAUUUCGGGGGGUCUUUUUUUUAAUAGACUUAAAUUUUUAUGAGUCGGAUAUGAAUAAAACGUUUCGAAUUUGUUUGAAAUUGGGGAAAUGUACAGCAAUCGUUACUGAGAAGUUCCACAACUUGACCGUUCACUUUUUGCACACUUCAUUUUCUUAAAAACCCAAAUGCUUGUAAUAUUGCCAAAAAAAUCGGACGUUAGCGUAACCGUAGACUGAAUAUAGGAAGUGGGCGUAGCCAUGUUGACGCCACCUAUUGGUUUGUCGUCAACUCUUUUGACGUGUUAGUUUUGGCGUUUUUGCGAUCGCCAUCUUGUUUUUCAAAGCCAGAUUUGGAAAAUGCUGUUUCUGUUGAUUCCUUCAUUGUUGUCUAAAGGUUCUAAUUUACAGAAUAAACAUGCUCAGUUCAUAGAGACCUAAAUGGGGGUGAGGAUCCAAACCUGGUCCUAUCCUCUUUCGACUUUCAAAACCUGUAAAUCACUAACACUUGAGUUUAUCGUGUUUUAAAUUGUUAGUGCGCAAACUUAAGUCGUCUAAUUACGUUUUUUAAUACACUUAAAUAGCCAGACAGCUUUGAAGCUUCACAAAAAGAAGUCUCUGGGUUAGUUGCUCGUGAGGAUGGCUGAGCAUGUAGGGACGUUCUGAAACGACUAUAUUCCUCCUCGGUUUAUCGGAAAGCUAAAUUCGGACUAACUGAAUAGACUGAAGUUGAGAAAACAUUCAGAAAACAGUCAAAAGUUAGCUCAAUGUAUCCAAUACGAGGUCACAGAGUCUUAGUCAAUGUUAAAUUGUUUGCAGUGUGGCUAACACUAGCAGAGCUAGCACUUCCAGCCUUAACGUCCACAUGCCUGUGCUGGUUCCUCAUUGCUCCGGUGGCGUGGUUAGCCAGACACACACGUAAGUCAUCUCAUUACAUUUAUAAAUACACUUCAAUAGCCAGACAGCAGGUAUGAAGCUUCACACAGAAGACGUCUGAUGGUUAGUUGCUUGUGAGGAUGGCUGAAGAAAUUUUGGGCGAAAUUUUGGAUGUUCCAAAAAUGACUAAAAGCUAAAUUCAGACUAACUGAAUAGACUGAAGGUGAGAAAACAUUCAGAAAACAGUCAACAGUUAGCUCAACUUAGUCAACACGAGGUGUCUGCGGGUAACCAUGUCAAUUUUUUUUUGCUACCAUUAGCAGAGCUAGAAACCACAUGCCUGUGCUGGUUCCUCAUUGCUCUGGUGGAGUGGUUAUAUGUCAGUUUAACCAGACACAGCCUACAUUCAACUUUAUCUUCAUUUACUAGAUCAACAUACAGACAAACCACGCCACGUCACCAGACGACAUCUGUCACCUGCGCCUUUUUACAUCCAGGUAGUAGAGCUUUCUAAAAGAAGCCUUUAAAUACAGCUACAGCUCCGGCUAGUGGCAAUUGAUUGCGCUACACCUUAGAUGCAACGUAUGAGCAGUAUUUUGAGCCUAAAGUAAUAAAAAUAAUAAUAACUUGUCCUUAUUUUACCAAAACAAGACAGAACGAGGAAGCAAACCUUGAUGGCAAAGCAGUGUAGUUUUUUUGUUACCACUAGCAGAGCUAGAAACCACAUGCCUGUGCUGGUUCUGCUCUGGUGGAGUGGUUAUAUGUCAGUUUAACCAGACACAGCCUACAUUCAACUUUAUCUUCAUUUACUAGAUCAACAUACAGACAAACCACGCCACGCCACCAGACGACAUCUGUCACCUGCACCUUUUUACAUCCAGGUAGUAGAGCUUUAUAAAAGAAGCCUUUAAACACAGCUACAGCUCCGGCUAAUGGCAAUUGAUUGCGCUACACCUUAGAUGCAACGUAUGAGCAGUAUUUCAAGCCUAAAGUUAUAAAAAUAAUAAUAACUCGUCCUUAUUUUACCAAAACAAGACAGAACGAGGAAGCAAAACCUUGAUGGCAAAGCAGUGUAGUUUUUUUGCUACCACUAGCAGAGCUAGAAACCACAUGCCUGUGCUGGUUCUGCUCUGGUGGAGUGGUUAUAUGUCAGUUUAACCAGACACAGCCUACAUACAACUUUAUCUUCAUUUACUAGAUCAACAUACAGACAAACCACGCCACGUCACCAGACGACAUCUGUCACCUGCGCCUUUUUACAUCCAGGUAGUAGAGCUUUAUAAAAGAAGCCUUUAAACACAGCUACAGCUCUGGCUAGUGGCAAUUGAUUGCGCUACACCUUAGAUGCAACGUAUGAGCAGUAUUUCGAGCCUAAAGUAAUAAAAAUAAUAAUAACUUGUCCUUAUUUUACCAAAACAAGACAGAAUGAGGAAGCAAAACCUUGAUGGCAAAGCAGUGUCAUGACCCAUUAGUUAAAAAUAGGAACCCAAUGUUGCAGGUUUAAGACACACUGAUAUUGGCUAUUUCUACUUCUUAUACUCAGUCUGAUCGGCGAGUCCUCCCUCCCUCAUCGCCCUCCCACAAGCUACAGAAGUGAUGUAUAUUUUUCCGAGCUUCAUCAGUGUCAUUUUUUAUUUUAUAGUGAUGUACACUAAAAAAAAAACGUUCUUUUUUUAUCCUGAAGUGACUCGCUUUGAGACUCUUUCACUGCUUAUGCUGUAGUUGGUGGUCAGUGCCUGUUUCUGUUUUUUCUUUUUCUCAUCCUCCUCCUCCUCUGCCUCCUCGUCCUCCUCCUCACCACUUCAUGCAUGUUGGUAGAUUCAUAGUUUGUCUGCUCUACAUUCAUUACGUUAAAAACAAACAAAAAAAAGAAGAUAGAGGAAACCAGGAGCUCGCUGGUGUCUGAUAAACAGAGACGACGGAUGGACCAAUAUAAAACAUUAUGCAAAUGUGAAUGAUCAAAUGAACCUUUUCUAGACUUUUUCUCGUGCUGGAUGUCGAGUGUCUGUGAUGUAUCAUUUUGGUGCUUGGAAUCCUUUUGUGUGUUUUUUCAAAGAGGCAAUAAGAUUGCCAGCUUUUGUUUAUUUUUUCUUUGAAAAGUGUGACAUUUUAAAACUUUGACUGUUUCCUCAGUUAUGAAGAUUAACUGAACGGAGGAAAAAUAAUCCAGUUACUCUGCACAGACGCAUUGCUUUUGUUUUUCUUUGUUUUUUUACACACAGAUUUCUGUUUAUCAGUUUGUGUAUCUGUGAACAUGUGACAAAUAAAUACCGUAAAUUCUCUUGUAGUGGGCAGAACAUUUUGUUCACCUCCAGUUAAGAGAAAACCAGGCACAAUCAAAUAUCCAGAUUCUAAUUAUUUUUGGGCUGUAAAUGAAAACAUAAAACUCAGUCAUAAUAAAGACUUAACUCUGUGAGACUUAAGUUGUAAUAGAACAAGAAUAAAACUGUCAUUGUACCUAUUGAGUCAUAAAUUAUGAGAGUUUAUGAAGUUGUCAUUUUUAAGAAUAAAGUUAUAAAUUUACCAAAAUAAAAUCCUAAUAUGCCAAAAUUUAAAAGAAUGAAUUCAAAAUAUUACGAGAAUAAAAUUGUUCAUUUACAUGAAAAGAGACGUGGAAGACGAGAAGAAGGAAUAGUUAUUUCAGGAAUAACUUUAUUUUGAAGGGUUAAAUCGGAGGAUUAGCUACUUCCGCUCAAAUGAGGAACGUAAAGCUUCCAGUGAAAAUAAUCGGUAUAAACAUUUUCACAAAUUAUUAUAUAUAAUAUUCAGUUUCUUGCACAAUCUUUCAGAAUCUGGAUAAAGCUGAGGGGUCAAAAGAUGAAGUAUUUUAUUUGUAAAACCUCAACUUAAAUGUAAAAUUACCCACGUUCCACAUUUUAGUUCAGGCAGCCGGCUGAUCUUCUGAUCUUCUGCUAACCACGACUUUACUUCAAAUAUAACGACGUCAUUUACUGUUAAUGUUCCACUCCUACAACUUUACUUUCCUAAAUGUUGCGAUUCAUUCUUGUAACUUUUUGAUCUUACGAGUUUAUACGACUAAUAGUUUAUUAGUUGAGUCUUUAAAAUGUCUAAAAGAAGGUUCAAUGAAAUUUCCAGAACUGAACUGAAUCUUCAGAUAAAUGAUUUGAUGUCACUGUAACUCAAACUUGAACAAGAGAAAUGAUUUGACCAUUCCUUGUGCUUAUAUUAUAUUUUAAGAUUUCAUCAUAAAAUGCUCAGUGUUGCACUGAAACAGGUGUUUGUCUCUUCAUGGUUUCUCUUUCUGCCCAUGAAGCCAGUAAAAAAAAAAAAGACCAAAAUGAAGUUACACUAUCUUAAAAUAUUUUUCUUUUGCAAACCGAUUGGAUUGAUGUUUUAAAUAUUGCAAGAGUUAUUUUUCUCACGUUUAAAAAAGCCCAUGAAUUUCUUAAAGCAGAUUUUUCUUAACAAAUCGGAGCAACAGAGGCAUUUUUGGAGAGGAUUGUUUUCAGCCCCAGAUGAGCCUAAAAUUGUUGUUCCAGGAGAUCAAUCCCUGUUGGUUUAUGUUAAUUAAGAUUUUAUGGUUACUGUUGUCCUGGCCUUUAAGACCUAGGAGACCCCCACUAUUAGAAAUGUUACAUCACUUGUACUAAACUUAUAAGACUCAAACAAGGGCCACUGUUAGAGAUUUUUCCAUUACUAUUCUUCUAGACUUUCAAGACUUCAAAAAUGCCCUCUAUUAGACAAAAAACUAGAGAGUAAAAUCUCUAGUACUGUUGUCCCAGACUCUCAAGACUCACAACGCCUACUUUAAGAUGUUUGACAGUAACUCUUGUUGUUGAACACCUACUGCUAAACAUUGUCCAGAAACUGUUAGAGACUUUUUAUGACUUAAAAAAUGGCCCCUGUAAGAAAUUUUAGGGUAACUGUUCUAGACUUUCACGACUCCAAAAAACGUCAACUACUAGAGCUUUCACAGUUACUGUUGUCUCAGACUUUCAAGAUUCCAAACAUUUACUAUUACACAUUUUACGGUAACUGUUGAAAGACUUAAAAAAAAGCUCAUGGUUAAAAAUGUUGCCGUAACUAUUCUAGACUUUUACGUUCCCAAAAACGGCCACUAUUAGAGAGCUUACGGUUACUGCUGUUCUGACUUUAGAAGACUUAAAAAACAGGCACAAUCAUACAUUUUAUGUUAACUGUACUUUACUUAUAAGACUCAAAAUUUGCACACAUUUACAAGUUUUUACAGUAACUGUUGUUCCACACUUUCAAGACUUAAAAAAGCGCUCACUAUUAAAAAUGUUACAGUAACUGUUCUUAACUUUUACUUCUAAAAAACCGCCAACUUUAAGAACUUUUGUUCCACACUUUCAAGACUUAAACGGCCACUAUUAAAAAUGUUUCUGUAAUUGUUCUAGACUUUAUCAAAGUCAGAACGCUUACUUUUAGAUACUUUACGGUAACUGAUGUUGCAGACUUUAAAGACAAAAAAUAAAAACAUUGUUAAAAAUGUUCCGAUACCUGUUUUAGACUUUAAGACUUAAAAAAAACACCAACUUUAAUACAUUGUACAGUAACUGUUGUUUCACACUUUCAAGACUUAAAUGGCCACCAUUAGAAUUUUUUACAGUAAUUGCUGUAGACUUUUAUGACUCAAAAAAACGGCCACUACUAGAGACUUCUCUGUGACUGUUGUCCCAGACUUGCAACACUUGCAAUGCUUACUAUUAGAGAUUUUAUAGUAACAGUUAUUGCAGACUUUAAAGACUUAAAAAAGGCCCAUUGUUAAAAGUUUGAGAUUCAGCCGUUACUACUCUUCCAGGCUUUCAAGACUUUCAAAAAUGCCCUCUAUUAGACAUUUUAUGGCAACUAUUGUACUAGAAUUUUAAAACACCCACUAUUAAAAGUUUUACAGUAACCGUUCCAGACUUUCAAGACUCAGAAAAAGCCCACUACUAGAGAUUUUACGGUAACUCUUCCAGACUUUCAAGACUUGCGAUGAUCAGUCUCUGGUCUCUGAAGUCUUUGUGUUUGAACUCUGUAUCGCUAAAAAAUAUCUAACUGUACAGUUCAGCUUCAGUUUUGCUUUUUCUUCUCUCUAACAUCAAUCUUUUGGAAAAAUAAUUCAUUUUCCGGCUUUAAGGUCGAACGUAACAUCUUUCUUCCUGUUUGUCAUCAUCAUCAUCAUCAUCAUCAUCAUCAGUGCACUACGUGUAAAUACAACACCAUUCUGUCAAUAUCUCUUCCUUCAUAUUGUAUUUACAAUGUAAAUUAAUUCACAAGUAUUUCAGCUGCUUUUGUUUUUCUGUGCUCACAGAGAUCCUGAUGACUGUUAGUUCUCGUUUUGUACAAUGUACAACUGUUUUCAUAUCGUCUCCUGUUGUUACGGCUCUCAGAGGUUUGUGUCAUUUCAGCGAUUUUGUACUCUUUUAAGAGCUGCACUGCAUAUUUCAGUGAGUCCACUUAUUUCAGUCAUAUGUUCUCUCAGACCGACACUUUUCAAAGAGGAUUUUAUGUUUCACAUGUUUCACACGUUGCUUUGUUCGACUGGUUUUAUAUUCGUCCAUCCAGCCGUUAAGGUUUCAGUGUGGAGAGUUUUUUUAUUUUUAUUUCUUCUGUGGAAAACUUUUGGAUGUCAUUCCUGUUUUUAUUACCUGCAUGAGUAAAGGUGUGUGUAUCUGCGCCUUCUUUUUUUAAUUUUUUAUCCUUCUCAUGUAAAAAAAAAAAGAGACAUAUUUGCACUCCCUCAGAGUAACGCAAUAUGACAAUGAUGCUUUUCUUUUUCUGGAACUUCAGCUGCAGCUGUUUUCAGCUUGAAAAAGUGUGUUGACGAGUCAGAUUGUCGCCCAUAACCCGAGUUUUUGAGGACAUAAAACUGUGAGUACAAGCAGGAUCACAAGAAGUACUCGGAGGUCAUGUACUUAAAUAAAACCAGUGUCAUCUUCUGUUCUGUUCAUAUGUAAACUAUUCAUUGUGGCUUAACAUUUUCUAUGCUCCUGACAUGUUUUUUUUUUUCUUUUUUGACGCUUUAGCUAGCAAUAUGUAUAUAAAUACAUUCUAUGUGCUAACAUGGAGGAAAUAAAUGUAUCAACAAGA